AUGCGCAUUGUUCCCAAUAAUUAUGCGCUUGGCCGGGAAGAGGACGACGAUGAUAUUGACAUUUUUAAGAACGAUGGGGAUGCGGUUAGCGAUGGCGACAAACGGGCAAACAGCACAGCCACUGCGACGAAUGCUGCGAAUGUGAAGGGCAAUCACCUAGGAAGCAGCACAGACGGGGAUGAUGACAAUGAUGAUGAUCAUCAUCACGAACGUGAUGAUGACCAAGAAGAUGAUAACCAUGAUGAUGAUGAUGGUGGUGGCACCGCAAAUGCCAGUGAUGUGCGGACGGAGGAACGCAAUGGGGAACAACACGAAAAAGACGAAAAUAAAUAG